GUCUUGUGUCAAUAUCUCUCUCCACAACAAACCAAGCGAGGGCUCAAACUUUGAGAUUUUUCUUCGGCUUUUCUAGGGUUUUAAUUUUCCUUCCGAUCAGAGAUUAAUGGCGAAUCUGGACUCCGACGUUACCAUGAUUCCUGCCGGAGAAGCCUCCAGCAGCGUAGCCGCUUCGUCUUUCAACAAGAAAGCUAAGCGAUUCGAGAUUAAAAAGUGGAGCGCCGUUGCUCUCUGGGCUUGGGAUAUCGUUGUUGACAACUGUGCGAUCUGCAGAAACCACAUCAUGGAUCUGUGCAUUGAAUGUCAAGCUAAUCAGGCUAGUGCUACAAGUGAGGAAUGCACUGUUGCUUGGGGGGUUUGUAAUCACGCCUUCCACUUUCACUGCAUCAGCAGAUGGCUAAAGACCCGUCAAGUUUGUCCAUUGGAUAACAGCGAGUGGGAGUUUCAGAAAUAUGGUCACUAAAUCAACAAAUGGUUCCAGCAAACAUGUGUCUAAUCGUGAAGAUAUCAGGUUCAUUUGGUUACCACCGCAUAUGAUAACUAAAGAUUGUUCAAGUUUUGCUUCUUUUUUUUUUUUUUUGUACUGUAUUUCUCAAAUUGUGGAAACAGAGAUUUAGUGUUCACUGAACCUAUUAUCGUUGUGCUUUGGCCUUUGGGUGACGUCUUUGAUUUUAAAAAAAUUUAAAAAAAAAAU